AUGUUGGACACUAAUAUAUCAUAUUUCACUAAGUUCAUAUUGUUGUUGCAACUACUCUGUGGAUAUUAUACGACGUUGUUCAAAAGUAGAAAAUUGAAUGUCGCUGCGCAGAUUUACGCACUGUUCGUAUUAUUCUGUGUCGCGUGCGGUGUUUUUAUAAAUGCGCCUAAGGAGAAGGAGACUUAUUAUAUUGUCGGAUUAGUUUCCUAUCAUGUCGAUUAUGCGAUAACCUUUCUACUUACUGCUGCGAACAGAAAUUUGUUAUGUAAGUUCUUUAGCAGCUUGCGGGCCUUAGACGUCGAUUUGGGACUCACUAGGAACCAUACUACGGCCAAAACAUUCCUUCUCUUUCUCUUGCUCAUGGUGGAAAAGUGUUAUAUCGGUCACGGCUACUUUAUUCAUUACCCGGAGAUGAAGUUUGUAUUCAAAGAUCUUUCGAUAACACUUGCCGUGUUUUCGUGGUAUGUCUCGAGAGUUGCUAUUUGUAUUAACGCUAUGGUACAGUGCAUAAUCUUCGAAGCCAUCUGGAAUAGCAUGACAGAAUUAGCAAAAGCUUUCGAGGUGGUAUUUAAUAGAAACAAUAAAACAGUAUGUCACAUCAAAUCAUUGGAUAUACAAAGAUUUAUGAUCGCCUACGAUGCCUUGUUGGAUAGUACGAAUGCGACGGGGCCGCUUUUUAAGACAUUGGUGAACAUUUAUAUGGUAGCUGAAUGUAUAUGCCAAAUUAUUAUGUUUAUCUAUCCUUGCAUUAUAAUGGAGUUGACGAAACGUGAAGUGCAUAAAAUAAAGUUAUUAUUGAACGAAAUAUCUGCACAUCAUACAGUUAAGCAGACACAGAGAUGUGUCCGCGGCGCAGAGGUGGAAAUUGUUUGGGAUGAAUCCCAGGACACCGUAGUUUCUAUGAGACAGUGCACGGAACAACUUGUACACUUGCCUGCUUACCAUAAAUGCGCUGCAUUCGAAUGGAACUGGCACAGCAUGAAGAAGCUUCAAAUUGUAUUUGAAGAAAAAAUAUUAGAAACGAAUCGAACCAUGGCUAGUAAUAAAAGAAAGGAUAUUGAAGACAUACUUUUAGUAUACGCUGAUUUACAUGAUACCUUGAAUUCUUUUGGACUUGUUAUGGAAUCAUUGGUGGUAUGGAAUUCUGUAUUUCCUUUGCUGUAUAUUUUAUCAACUGUAGUUGCAGCCAUCACGACCGAUUCUCAUUUGGCCCUUAGUCGAUUGGUGGUGGAUAAUGUUCUUCAUAUGGCAAUUUUUAUUUUUCCUUGUAUAAUGAUGGAGAUGAUAAAAAGCGAGGUGGAUAAAAUAAGAGUAAUGUUGACUGAAAUUUAUACAGAGAGUGCAGAUGAAGGUGUAGUGAGGAAAGCAGAAGACGGCCUUAAAUUUCUGGAGCUAUGCCCUUACGAGUUUGUGGUGUUGCGUUUCAUCCCUGUUAACAUAAAAUUGCCACUCAAGAUAUUGGCAGUUUUAACUUCUUACAUGAUAAUCACUUUGCAGUUAGCUUAUCUUUCUGGUUGA